AUGUCAGCUUGGGUUAAUUGUGAUUCCCUUUUUAUUGCAACAGAAGUUUAUAAAGAGCAAUAUGUGGAACCUUUACCUAAUAAAAGAGAUGUAUAUGUAGGCUCAUUUUGGAAAACAGGAAAAACUCAUAACUUAGAAUAUCUUACUAUUUCCAAUAAUAUGCAAGAAAUCAUUCGUGCUCUUAGAACUGAUUUUUCUGGAUUAUGUAUUAAAAAUUAUCAUGAUAAAUCCAAUCCAGUAGAAAAGGCUUAUGAUUUUAGUGAUAUAGAAGAAGCAUGA